CAUAAAGUGAUGCAUACAUAAAGUGACUGUAGACGUGUUUCAUCUCAGAGAAUCAUCCAGCUGAGGUGUCCUCAUCUUCUAGGAGGUGCAGCAAGCUCCCGUCCAACGCUCCAAUCAUGAGGCCUGCGUUCUGCUCUUUUGUCCUGGUGCUGACCUUUUGCACUCUCAAAGCCAACUCCCAGACGUCCUAUUACGCAGCUGUAGGAUCAAACAUCACUCUUCCCUGCAAGCAUACAUAUCCCACUGACAAUGGACACUACCAGAUUACCUGGUUUGUCAAGGUGAAUUCACAAGACUUCCGUAUUACAUUUUGGCAUUGUGGUGUUUUUUACGAACCACUGAAGGGCAGGGUCCACCACAUGCCUCACAGCUUUCAGACCUCACACUGCAAAGGCGACGCUUCCAUAACCAUCAGCAACCUGCGUCUCUCAGACACGGGGACCUACACAUGCCUCUUGAUAAAUUAUGAAAUAGGUGAGGAAAGGAAGAUGAACCUGACAGUCAUGGAGAAACCAAUCGAGCCGGUUUGUGGUGUGGAAGGGGAGCCUGCAAAGGGUCAUGGCGUGACACUCAAAUGCGGAUCCUCACAUGACACACUCCAACUGACGUACAGCUGGACAAAGAUGAGCGGAAACAAGAUGUUGCCACCAAACGCCAGUGUGAAUGCCACAUUGGGUGACUUGUUUGUAGACAGGAUCACAGAGGACAACUGUGGAAGAUAUCUCUGUACGGUGGAAAGUCUGGUUGCUACCCAACACUGUGACGUCCUACUUGAGUGUCCACCACCAUCAGCCAUGAGCGAUGGAGUUCCAGUUCCAGUCGUGGCCGUGACGACCGUCGUGCUUGUGCUGGGUCUUGUCGGUGCUCUCGCCAUCUGGUACUGGCGCAGAAGUGAAACAGUGGAGGAGGUGCCCAUGUUGUCGAUGGAGGGGGGAGACUUGGAAACACUUCCCGAUAGUGUCACGUGUGAGCAUCCUCACACUUCUGGCGAUACUGCUGAAAAUAUGAAAUAAUGGAGCCAAAUUUGUUGUUUUUGAUUCAUUUAGGAUUUCUGUGUUGUGUAUGACUACUUUUCUUCAA